AUGUUUGUCGCCCGGAGCUCGCAGCAGGCUGCGCAGUCCAGCGCCAAUGUCGAUGAGAAAAUUCCUACAAUAUCCGGUGUAGGUUCCCCGACUGUCGUGUCGUCAAGCGCGUCCACGCCCAGCGGUAACCCACACCACUUGGCAGCGGCCAACUCUGCCACAUCACUUCAUACGAGCGCAUCGGCAAGCUCAUCGCUCAGCUCGCCAAGCACCAUCAUCACCAACACCACUACUGCUACCACGACGCUGCCUAUUCCCAAAAAGUCAAGGGCAAUCAAGACGGACCGGCCCCGUCCAUUCUUGUGCGCGAUUUGCACGCGCGGAUUUGCCCGUCAAGAGCAUCUAAAACGUCACCAGCGCGCACAUACCAACGAAAAACCGUUCCUAUGCGCUUUCUGCGGGCGUUGUUUUGCCCGGCGCGAUCUGGUACUUCGCCACCAGCAGAAAUUGCAUCCAUCGCUCACUGACUCUGGGGCCUCCACAAACGCCGGGUCUUCCGGUCGCGGUCAUCCAGGCCCGUCGGACUCCAAACAUCACCUAAAUGACGAGCAUAUAAUCACCAUCAGUGGGAACAAGCAGACAAUGCUGCCCAUGCCUCGAAAAGAUGGCAAAACAGGGACUGGUAGUGAGAACGGCAGCUUACACUUUCCGGCCUCGCUGCCGACAACAAUUUCGUCGCGCUCUGGCUCUGGCUCGGGUUCUGGCACGAACUCGGGUUCGGGCUCGGGCGCUAGCUCGUCUCCAUACGUAUCGGCGGAAGUCGACCCCGAAGAGCGGCAUCAUAAACGUAAACGUCAUGCCUCUUUCUCUGCAGCCAGCGCAAUCACAUACACGCAAAAUAAAGAUGCCCCCGCGAUUAUAGAACACGAAAUUCCAGAUAUUCCACACCAAGUCGGAUUUUCCACACCCCAGCUUUCCGCUCAAGAACUGGUAGAAAAAGCUUUGGAGAGCGGCGUGGACUUUGAAAUGCUGCCUUUUCCUCCCUUGUUGGAUUUGCCGGAUGCCAUUGUCAACCACAGUAGUAAUUCUCACACACAAUUGCAACACAUGUCGUCUGUUCCGCCUGAGGUCCCGGGGCGGCCCCUUUUCUCACAGAGACACAAGCUUGUUGAUGAGAAUUUAGGCCAUUACCCUAAUUCUUCUCCCAACGUCAGGUCUACUUUUGCAGCAACAGCGCCUCUACUUUCAGAUUUUUUGCAAAUGGGAUCGUCCGUGGGUGGAGCAGGUGGCUAUACUGGAUACCUCCCGACGGAUUAUAACCUUGACUAUUUCACAUAUGAUUCUUCGUCAGACCAACCCCAAACAACACCUCUCAAUGCAAUCGCAGAGCAAGCUCCUUCUUCGAUAGUGCAAUCUCAACGUGAGCAACCGAAUGGCCGAGAGCCCUGGCUAUCAGAAUUUAUCAACAUACAUGUCGAUGGGAACUUCAAAGUCGACGUCAACGACUUUAAUGAAAUCGGCUUUGCUUAUACCAACUCGGAUGUGACCACCAACAAUUCCACUCCUAUGGUCAAUAUUUCCUCGCCCAUGAACAAAAUUGACGAUAAACCAGUACUGAGCUUUAGUCCAAUUGCAAGCGAAUCCUACAUAGAAAGUGCUCCCAAAAAUUUGAAGGCCGUAAAGACAGAUACUAGUGCUAAUGUUUCUGGGAAAUACCACAGAAAAGCAGACAUUCCCUUGCUAUUCAAGUCGCGACAGAUUGAUCUAUUCAAAAAAAUCAUGGAAAAUCAAAAUGAUUACAAUACUUCCAUACAAGACAAUUAUCAGCAGGCCCGGAAGCCCUACAAAAAGGGGACAAGACUAUAUUUUUUCACCGAAGACUUGAGAAACCAUAUCUUGAAGUCAAAUAAUCUGUCUGCUGAUCAGUUCCCAACUUUGGAAGAACUGAACACCUACGUUAAUCUUUAUCAAGAUGAAUUUCACCGUUUCUUUGGAUUUAUACACCUUCACUCCAUCCGCCCAUCGACCGACAGCUAUUUCUUUCUGCUGUCCAUAGCAAUGAUAGGCGCUCUUUACGGAUUUCAUUCAUCGCAUGCUCUUCUACUGUUCAACAUUUGCCGCUUUCGCAUCCGUGAAUACUUAGAAAGGACUUCGGGACAUCACGAAAAACUGCCGCUUUGGUUGAUCCAAAGCACAGUACUACUCAUCUUCAUUGGCAUUUUCAACAACGACGUUUCAUUCACAUUGAUCGUCAACACUCAGAUAAGGUCAUUGAUAGAAUUGGUAAAAAUCAUGCAAUUAAACAUGCCCUUGGAAACCUUCAUCAAUCCCCCCAUUAAAAGUGACCAUAUUUUGGAUUAUCAGGACAAUCCCCAGCUAUUAGAACAAAAGCGACAAGAGUAUAACACUCCAGAGCAAAUCGAGCGGAACUACUACUAUUUUGUACAUGCUCAAUCUCGAAUCCGGACGUGUCAUACGAUUCUACUGAUUUCCAAUUUGUUCAACUCUCUGGUUGGAUUAGAUUGCUGUUUCCAUUCGAUAGACUUGAAGUGCGGCAUACCGUGUUAUCGAGAAGACCUCUAUUUUUGUGAGACUCCGACCGAAUGGGCAUCUCUGCUACACGCCUAUCAUAUUGCACUGGACUCCAAAUUUUCUCUCAUUGAACUCUCCAAUGGCGGUGAGAGUUACAAGAACUGUCUCAUUUACUUGACCAAUGGGUAUCAGUUCUUCUACGAAAACAAGAAAGUUUCUUUCAAGACUCUACUCUCGCUAUUGAUUUCUAUCCACGAAAAGAUCUUCAUCGAGCGAUACAACAUGCGUAACGAAACUAACGAACGAAUCGCGGAUGUCAAGUGGCGAAUGAAUUCAAGGCCCAUCAUUGAAUCACUUCUUAAGUAUUGGGAGGCCUUAUAUUUGAAAAAUGGCGGGGUGAUAAUAGCGAAUGAGGGCAACAUUGCCUUUAUCAACUCCAACCCGUCUCUAAGACUCAUCAUACCACUGCUCAAUUUCGCCAAGAUCCGGAAGUGUUUGCGAAUCACACAUAUUAUGAAAAAAAUCUGGUUUAAGGAUUGGGAAGGGAUGAACAGCGACUUGGAAAAUAUUCGCGACUGGGAGGUUUUACGUGAAGCUACAGACUAUGCGCUAAACAUUGUCAAGUUUUGGGUCGACACGGUCUUUAUUGUUAACAAUGCUGAAAAGACCUCGCUGCGAACACCGAUCUUCUCUAUCACCUGCAUUUUCACUUCGAUCUUGAUCAUUGCAGAAUACCUAAAGAGAAUUGAGACCUGGGCUCAAAAAUACCGCGACCCCAACACAACAGAUUUUCUCAAAGCUGUUGACAGAACGUUGUGGUUGAAGUCUGAACAAAUUCUAAAAAAAGUUGAAGAACAUCUCUUGCCAAAGGGAUAUAACAUGCAAUCGUACGCAGAAUUUCUAAGGCUGCAGGCUAAUGGGGCGUUGGAUGUGGAGGUCCUAGAUGACAAUUUAGCUCGCAAAGCUAUGAAUCCCAAUACUGCUAUCAACGAAACGGUAGAUCUCAUUUUGAGAGCGCGACUUCCAUCUCGGUCUCUAUACCUCGGCGUUAGGAUUCUGGGAGAUGCUCCCAUAUGGCCCAUCGCCUUGCUGUUCGCCCACGCGCUUCAGUCCAGAGCCAUCUUCAACCUGGCGAACAGCUACCUUCGUCGUCAAUGA